CUGCUGCCUGCAUCUGGCCUGUGGCUUUAAAAACCACAGCCCGAGGGCAGGAGGGACCUGCCAUCACCCUUCGGUCAUCGGUCAUCGGGAGCCCGGAGCCCAGAGAUGGAGCCCAUGGAGAAUAGCACGCCCUACAAUUACCCCUACGAGGACAACUUUAGCCUGGACCCGAACAUCUCUGUGGAUAACCAUUCCACCACGCUGCACCCUUGGAGCAUCUUGGCCUUGGUCAUCUUGGCCAUCGACUUCCUGGUGGGCGUGCCGGGCAAUGGCCUGGUGGUCUGGGUGACGGCGUUUGAGGCCAGGCGGGCCGUCAAUGCCAUCUGGUUCCUCAACCUGGCCUUGGCCGACUUCCUCUCCUGCCUGGUGCUGCCCAUCCUGUUCACGUCCAUCAUCCAGGACAACCACUGGUCCUUCGGGGCGACCGCCUGCCGCAUCCUGCCCUCCGUCAUCCUGCUGAACAUGUACGCUAGCAUCCUGCUCCUGGCCACCAUCAGCGCCGACCGCCUGGUGCUGGUGUUCGACCCCAUCUGGUGCCAGAAAUUCCGAGGGGCCCGCUUGGCCUGGGCGGCCUGCGGCCUGGCCUGGGUCCUGGCCUUGCUGCUGACCAUCCCCUCCUUCCUGUACCGCUCCCUGACCGAGGACCACUACCCCCCCAAGACCAAGUGCGGCACCGACUACGGCCCGGAGCUCCUGCACAGGGAGCGCGCCGUGGCCAGCGUCCGGCUGGUCGCGGGCUUCGUGCUGCCGCUGCUCACCCUCACCUUCUGCUACAGCUUCCUGCUGCUGCGCACCUGGAGCCGCAGGGCCACGCGCUCCACCAAGACCGUCAAGGUGGUGGUGGCGGUGGUGGCCAGCUUCUUUAUUUUCUGGCUGCCCUACCAGGUGACAGGGAUGAUGCUGGCUUUCCUCGAGCCGUCCUCGUCCGUCUGGAAGCAGGUGAAGAAGGCGGAUCCCUUCUGUGUCUCUCUUGCCUAUGUCAACUGCUGCAUCAACCCCGUCAUCUACGUGGUGGCCGGCGGUGGCUUCCAAAGCCGCCUGCGCAAAUCCCUCCCCAGCUUGCUCCGCCACGUGCUGGCCGAGGAGUCCGUGGUGAGGGACAGCAAGUCGUUCACCCGCUCCACCGCGGACACCCCGGCCGAGAAGAGCCAAGCCGUGUGAGCUGGGGCCACCAGGGCCACCACAGCGGAUGUCCCCUCCCCUUCCUCUGCGGCCACUCUUGCUCGGCUUGUUGGAACCCCGCUCUUGGGGGGGCUGCUGUCGUCUCAGCGAACUUUUCCUCCUUCCUCUUGUCUGUCUCAGACUUGUCACCCCCCGCCCUUCCAGGGUGACUGUCCUCGUCCUUCCUCACUCCCAGGACUAACCUGUCCUUCCAUCCCAGACUCUCGAAAAACAGGUGGAAGCCAAUGGUGUCCUACAGGGCAAUAUGUCCCUGUGUGCAGAAAGUGUGAACGGGGACAUUAGAAAACAAGCAAAUAGAAACAUUCCCAUGUAAAAAAAAAACCAAAAAACAAAAAACUCAGUUGUGUAUUUAUUUUAUAGAGAGUUGGAAACAAUGUAACUGGCAUCUGGAAAGUUAUACUCUCCGUUAGGACCAAGGGACCGCAGACCUGUCUCAGCUCCUGUGAGUUGAUUUAAAGAAAAACAUUAAGUUAAAAUGUUACUUAGGUUUUUUUUUUUUUUUUUUUUUUUAAGUAUUAAGUAAAAAGAUAUUCUGUGGGAUGGAAAAAGGAUGAGGAAGACAUGCCAAAGGCUAAGGUUAGAGAAACAGUGGCUGGGUAGAUGCAGAUUGUAAAAAAAAUGCUUUUUACUUGGAAAACAGUUAUUUUGUUUGUACUUUAAAAAAAAAAAAGAAAUUAGAAUUUUUAUUUUGAGAUCGCUGCAGAUGCCAUGCAGUUGUAAGUAAUGAUACAGAGGGAUCCUGGGGCCCCUGUGUCUAGUCCCCUGUGUCCACCCCCAGGUGACACCUUGCAAAGGGACAUGACAUUCUCCCCCGACACUUAUGCAGGCAGCAUUCGGGACACUGCUAUGGCCACGAGGAUCCCAGGGACGCCAGGUCCCUUGCCCUCCCCAGCCUUGUCCCUGGCCCCUGGCAGCCACUAAUCCACUAUCCAUUUCUGUGCUCUUGUCAUCGCAAGAAUGUUAUUCAGGGGAAUCAUGCAGUCUGCAACACUUGGAGCUUUCAGAAACUAGUAUGUGUGACUUUAAUGAUGAAAAUAAAUUAUAUGAAGUAUCGAAA